UUUUCAGCGUCAUAUUCGGCGUUGGCCAGGAAAAAUUUCAGUCGUUUUUUUGGAGAAAAAAAUUUUGCUUAUAGUUUUUUAACGUGUUAAAAUAUUUAAUCAUGGAAAAGUGGAGAGUUCUCCAUGUAAUUAUGAAAAGUUACUAUGAAUGUUUUAAAAAAGUUAAAUGAAGUAUUCGUAAAUAAGUUUUAAAAAUUUUGCAAAAAUACGCAUGUGAAAAAAUUAGCUAUAAUAUCCGCCAUUGUGAAGUUGAACAACGAAGUAGAAAAAAUAUCAAGAAGAACGAAGAAGAAGACGACGACAAAAAAGGCUGGCAGAAAAUAGAAGAAGCUUGGUUGGUGAUUGCGCACACGCGAAAAAUUGUGCAAAAUAAUAAAAAUUCAAUAAAACGUGAAAAAACUACUUAAUUUUUGUGAAAAAUAUGCAAAAUCAAACGCUGAAGUAAUAAAUAAUAUAAAUUGAGUGAAAAUUUUUGAAAAUCUGUGAAAUUAGUGUACCAAAAACACGCGAGGAAAUUAACUGACAAUAAAAAGUGGGUAGGCAGCAGAACAGCAGUAGCAGAAUCGAAGCACCAUCACUACAUAUUAAACUACAUAAAAGAAGAAAAGGCAAGAAAGACAACGGAGUCCCCCCUGGUUAGAAAGAGGUGAAGAAGAGUAACGACAUCGACAUCUCAACUUACGACGUCUACUGCAGUAAAACGAUAACCGACCUACGUUGUCGUCGUUAACGUCUUUUGAAGAAUAAAACGAAGGAACAGGAGAAGUACUGCUUUACGGAUAUUGUUUCUUGACUCGGGAGGUGGAGAUUGUUGAACGUUACAUCUCUGUUGGACCCUAUAUACUCCCUCAUCCAAAGUCGGCAUUAUCUGCCUCUGCACAUUUCUUCUCCGAUAAUAGUUUAUUUCAGAGACCCUCGCCAUUGUUUUACAAUUUAGUACUUCAAAAGCAAAAAAAUGUAUCCUGCACCGGUGCGGCACCCUUCGGCGGGGGUAAGUGAUAUGCAAACGGUAAAAACACACUCACACACACUCAACCUCAACACACAUCCAUCUUCUACUAGUCACACUCCCACUCCUUCCAAUUUGCCACCCAUUCAUGGUCCACCACCACAGGGUCCUCUAAAGUUCACCAUAGUUGACACUUUGGAACGUAUUAAGGAGGAGUUUAACUUUUUGCAGGCUCAGUAUCACACAUUGAAACUUGAGUGCGAAAAAUUGGCAAAUGAAAAAACGGAAAUGCAACGCCAUUAUGUCAUGUAUUAUGAAAUGUCGUAUGGCCUAAACGUAGAAAUGCACAAACAGACGGAAAUUGCCAAACGUUUAAAUACUUUAAUCAAUCAAUUGCUGCCCUUUUUACAAGCUGAUCACCAACAACAAGUACUACAGGCCGUAGAACGUGCGAAACAGGUUACAAUGCAGGAUUUAAAUCUUAUCAUAGGGCAGCAACAUCAGCAAGGAAUGCAACAACUUAUUCAACAAAUACAUGUGCAGCAGGUGCCAGGAGGUCCUCCACAACCAAUGGGUGCUUUGGGGCCACUUGGAGGUCCAUUUGGCGCAUUAGGAGCUUCGAUGGGUUUACCACACGGACCUCAAGGAUUACUUAAAGCACCGCCAGAACACCACAGACCUGAUAUGAAACCAGCAGGUCUCGAGGGUCCAGCCAGUGCCGAGGAAAGAUUGCGCAAUUCGGUUUCUCCAGCCGAUCGUGAGAAAUAUCGAACACGAUCACCACUUGAUAUCGAAAAUGACUCCAAACGUCCUAAACAGGAAAAAUUGGAGGAUGAAGGAGAUAAAAGCGAUCAAGAUUUAGUCGUAGAUGUUGCAAAUGAAAUGGAAUCGCAUUCUCCACGACCUAAUGGCGAGCACUUGUCUAUGGAGGGUCGCGAUCGGGAGAGUAUAAAUGGUGAACGAUUAGAUAAACCAGGCAGCAGUGGUGUCAAACCACCGACAGAUAGGCCACCAUCACGUUCAGGCUCUAGUUCAUCACGGUCAACACCCAGCCUUAAAACAAAAGAUAUGGAAAAGCCUGGAACACCGGGAGCUAAAGCUCGCACUCCCACUCCAAAUGCAGCGCCACCAGCUCAGGGCGUUAAUCCCAAACAGAUGAUGCCACAAGGUGGUCCACCACCGGCUGGAUACCCAGCUUCACCGUAUCAGCGCCCAGCUGAUCCUUACCAGAGACCACCCUCCGACCCGGCUUAUGGUAGACCACCACCACUACCCUAUGAUCCACACGCUCAUGUUCGAACCAAUGGCAUUCCACAUCCGACUGCGUUAACCGGUGGAAAGCCAGCAUAUUCCUUCCAUAUGAAUGGCGAAGGUAGUCUACAGCCCGUUCCCUUUCCUCCUGACGCCCUUGUAGGUGUGGGCAUACCGAGACAUGCCCGUCAAAUCAACACUUUAUCACAUGGCGAAGUUGUUUGCGCUGUCACUAUAUCCAAUCCCACAAAAUAUGUAUACACCGGUGGUAAAGGUUGCGUUAAGGUGUGGGACAUUUCGCAGCCGGCCAAUAAAAGUCCUAUUAGCCAACUGGACUGUCUGCAACGUGACAAUUAUAUUCGCUCAGUAAAACUUUUGCCAGAUGGACGCACUUUAAUUGUUGGAGGAGAAGCAUCAAAUCUAUCGAUAUGGGAUUUGGCCAGUCCAACACCUCGUAUAAAAGCUGAGUUAACAUCGUCGGCACCGGCUUGCUAUGCCUUAGCUAUUAGUCCCGAUUCGAAGGUGUGCUUUUCAUGUUGUAGUGAUGGUAACAUUGCUGUCUGGGACUUGCACAACGAAAUUCUAGUGCGUCAAUUUCAAGGUCAUACUGAUGGUGCUUCUUGCAUCGACAUUAGUCCGGACGGUUCUCGUCUAUGGACUGGCGGUCUCGACAAUACAGUUCGGUCAUGGGAUCUACGCGAGGGACGCCAGUUGCAGCAACAUGAUUUCAGUUCACAGAUAUUCUCAUUAGGAUAUUGCCCAACAGGCGAUUGGUUGGCUGUUGGUAUGGAAAAUUCCCAUGUCGAAGUUCUACACGCUUCUAAACCUGACAAAUACCAACUGCACUUGCACGAAAGUUGCGUGUUAUCGUUACGUUUUGCCACCUGUGGCAAAUGGUUCGUAUCCACCGGUAAAGACAACUUACUCAAUGCCUGGCGAACACCCUAUGGCGCAAGUAUAUUCCAGUCCAAGGAAACUUCAUCGGUACUUAGCUGCGACAUAUCAACAGACGACAAGUACAUUGUGACGGGUUCCGGAGACAAAAAAGCCACAGUUUACGAAGUUAUCUAUUAAUGGGUUUUCGUACAUCUAUAUAUAUACAUAUACAUACACUUACAUAUAUUUUUCAUAAGAAUCAUACAAAAAAAAUAUUGGUGGUUUUCAAUUAAAAUUGCUCGUUUUGUAUUUGCGUCCUUUUCCUUCUUGUUUUUCUUCUGUUCUUUUUGUUGUUGUCAAAAGGCAACUUUUUGUUGUUAAAUUUGGAACACUUAUGUGAAUCGGAAAGUUAAAUUUAUGACCAACAGCUACAGAAUAAAUUUAAAAAAAAAAUAUAAAAACAUCAACAAAUUGAAUCAUGGGAUAUAAAUAAUUAAUAAAAUACAUCCUUUUAUAAAAACACACACUUAUAUACACCACACACAUACACCCAAAAAAAGUAUAAGCAUCAACAUAACAAAUAACAACAUCUUGAUUAUAUAUAGAAGUUCUUUCUUAGAUUUAAGUAUUUAAUAAGUCUUUAAUAAACCUACAAAAAAAAAAAAAAACAAUGGAAAACCUUGAAAAUUAAGAAGAAAACUAUUAAAAUGGAAAAGAAACAAACAUUGAUUCCUAAAUCAUCCAGCAAAAACGCGGAAAACAAACAAAGCAG